GAACCUGAAAAGAAGUAAUUAGCUGUACCAAGACAUAAUCAUCAAAUCUUCAAAAUGGCAACAACGAUGAAGCUGGUAAUCUCACUGUGCGUGGUCGCCAUAUCAUGCUUUGCCGUCUCAGAUGCUUUCCUGAUGAGCGUCAACGAGCACCUGAUCAAAUCCUGCUCCGGUUUCGCCGAGAAGAAGCGCGGCGAGGGCUACCGUUGCAACUCCGAGGUCAUCGACCACGUCCACGACUACGCCGAGCAGUUCGACAUUGCCGGCUACGACGGUGACCUGGUCGAAAACUACCUCGACAUGGCCAAUGGCGGCGGUAUGUGCUACUUGGAAGGUGCUGCUCUCCGCGUCGUAAAGGGUGAAUGCGCAGCCAUGGAGCUUGCCUGCAAUGACGUUGAACCCAAGGUCAUCGAUUUCUGUUCCAAGCUCAAGAAGGCCCAAGCAGCCGCCACCACGGCUACCCCGACCACCACCGAUACCCCCACCGAGGCCCCAGAGAAGCCAGAGGUCGAGGUCCCCACCGUCGGCGGACGCGCUCACGCCUUCCAGUAAAUUAACGCUUUCGAUGACGAAGUCAUUCACGCUUUCGUCGAGUCGUACUGUAUCAUAUCACCAUGGCGACGAUAGAAAGAAAUUAAUAACGUCGUCAUGAAAGGAAGCUGUAAUUUCAAUAGUUGGUGUCCAAUUUUAUUUCAAUCAUUUUGUUCGCAACAAUUUCCUCUAGAUGAUAUGGAUCUAUAAUUUUGAAUUUUCAAAGCAGUUUCAAAUCGGAUACAACAUUUUGUUUAUUUCCCUUGAUACCGUCAUCUGCAAUAUGCAGUUGGUUGUUAAACUGAUUUUUGUUUGUAUAUUUGGUUUUGUACUUCAUUUUAGUUGGCAUUAA